UAAUUGAACCUCACCCCUCCUUUGCCUUUUAUCUUUUCUUCUCUCUCUGUGAAAAAAGCUACACUUUUCCGUGACCUCCUUUUACUUUCCUCUGCAUCUACACUCUUGGAAUCAAUCUUACAGACAAAAAGCAAAAGAAAACUUCACUCUCUAAGUUCACUUCAUCUUAAGUUUUCCUCUCUGUUCUUAUUUUUCCUAAUGGGAGUUUGGACUUCACCAGUGCUGUUCUUCUCCUUGCUGUUCUGCUUCACUUUUGCAAUUCAGCUUUCUGAGUCAGCUACUAUAGUGGUUGAUAGGGUUUUACUUCCAGAGCGAAAAAACUCAAGAGUUCAAGUGGGAGACUCCAUCAUUUUCCAGAACAAGUAUGAGUUCAAUAUCUACAUUUUCAAGAACCAGAAUGCUUUCGAUGCCUGCAAUUUCUCUCAGGCUACUCUUCUCACCAAAUCUGACUCCAAAAAUUGGACAUGGCAUACAGGGCGACCUGGUUCCUUCUACUUCUCCUUUUACAAUGGAUCAAACAAGGCAUGCUUAAAGGGCCAAAAAAUAGCAAUCAAAAUAACUUCCUCCUCACAGGCACCGGAAAGUCCUGCUCCCUCCUCUGGUGGAGCUCCUCCGCUGAUUUCUGGUGGGAUUGUGUCGUCUUCUCCGUCGUACCCGUGGCCUUUCCAGCCUCACGAAAUAGGCUCUCCUUCUUCUGCGCCAGUUGCUGCUGCUGUUGCUCCGGCCAAUAGCCAAAUGGACCCGGAGAAAGGCGGUGUUAUCCCAUUUAUCAGCAGUAACCCGGCAGUGCCCCUUCCCACCGGUGAAGUGGACUCUGCCACCAUUCUCCCUGCUCCCGCUUCUGUUCACUCUCAAGGACAGGUGGUAAGGGGGUUGACAAUUCUACAAGCUUCCUUCUCUGGAAUUUUCUUGAUGAUGCUGCUGCUGCUGCUAUAAUGAAAAGGUCAUUGAGGUUUUGGAAUCUCUUGGGGUUAUGUUUUUGCACCUUUAGCUGUAAAAAGAAUUAGUGAUGUGUAAGAAUGGCAUGAGAAAGAUGCUAUAUUCAAUCUCAAGGGACUGAGGUCUGAGUGUUAUCCUUAUCAAUAUGGAGAUCGAAUGCACCACUCUUCUAUGCUCAAAGUUUCACCUUUCCCCAUUCUUAUUUCAGAAUUUUGGUCAGUUCUUUUUUACUGCCUUAAUUCUUUGAAUGGGGGAAUUUGGGAUCUUAUGAUCCCACUUUUUAAAGUCAUAUCAUUGAAUGCGGGAAUUUGGGAUCUUCUGAUCUCACUUUUUACAGUCAUAUUUUGAAUGGGGGAAUGUGAGAUCUUCUCAUCUAAUUCAUUUUUUAGUGUUCUAAUUCAUUAAUCACCAACUU